AUGUCCGAACAAAUAAUUGAACAGCUCCAGCGUGAGCUGAGGGAAGUUCAAGAGCGGGCUCGGCUCGAUGCGGAACAGUCAAGGCUCAAGGAAGAACAACUUCAGAAUCAGCUACACGAGGCCGAGAAACGCCUGCCUGCUGGGCCUCAAGAAAGGCGGGAUCUCGACGCCAACUGGCCCAAUGUAUCCUCGCAUCGGACCGCCGAGGGCGGCAGCCGCCACGCCAUCACUGCCGACGAGUUCACCGGGUUGGUUAACGAACAGUUUCGCCAGGGCCAACUGGCGCCGUACGGUUACACCUUCGUCGCCAAAGGGACGAUCCCGGCCUACUACGACCGCCUGAAACACGAGAGUCUCGUCUACGCACGCCUCGAGAGGCUCCAGGGCGAGGUAAUGCAAGUGCACCUAGGCAUCACAGACCUGUCCUGGGGCAGUGGCUUUGUCAUACCCGGUGGGACGUACUUGGGAUACAGGAUGAUGAUGUCUUGGGGCGGAGAGGCGGCUACCUAUCAGGUGGUGCCGAAUCUGACUGCCGAGAGAAACCGCUGGAUAGAGACGGUGUGGAAUGAAGGCGUCUCUCACCACCCUAAAUUUCUCUGGAACGAGGAAGUACGGCGUGUCAUGGCCAUCAACUUUGACCGGCCUGCUCUCCGCCCGCCACCCAAGCACAAGCAACUAUCAGCCUUGUCUCGUCGCGACCAGAAGAGGAAGCGGCGCAGGGGACCCGACUCGGACAACCAGAACCAAAAAAGGGUGUCAAUCGGCGGCAGUGGCCUACGACUUGUAGAGUAAACCUAGGUAGAUAAAAACAUUAUCACUUCCCGACUUCCGCCACCUUCUGCCGCAUCACCGUCCCACUCCCCAAACCC